UUCUUGCGCCGUGUGAGGGCUCUUUUCGAGAUCUUGCGACGACUUGAGGCAAUGUUGCUGGGAAUAGAGCAUGGUCCUAUUAUCCAGCAAGUUUAUAGUACAUGAAAAAACACAUGUUCGCAUAUGUCAAGUUCAGUCGAUCCCAAUUUCAUUCCAGAUAAAAGAGGUGAAUUAUGCCUGGUCAGUGGUCAACCGAGGAGAUAAAGCAGUUGAUUUGUGAGGUGGAGGAACGACCGACACUGUGGAAUGUAUUGGUAGACGAAUAUAGAGACCGGGUGAAAAAAUCUGACUCGUGGAAACAAGUGGCGGAAGCUUUAAACAAGGAACAAUGCGAGGUGGAAAAGAAGUUCCACACGCUGAGGACUCAGUAUGCCGCUGAGGUUAAGGCCGAAGAAAAAAGGAAGUCCGGGUCCGAGGGUGUUGUAAAGAAGAGUAAGUGGCAGUACAUGGAGGCGUUGUCGUUUGUCGGCGCGGGGAUGAAAAAACGGCAAGGAUCUUCCUCAGAGGUAGGUCCACUUUACGCAUGUUGAUACUGCCAGGACACUUCACCAAUAGGAGUCAUGAAAUACUCUCCAAACUCGCGUUGAAUCUCUCUCGCGGAUGUCGCAUGGUGGUUACUGCCUUGAUGGCGAAGUCCCAGAAGCGUCCCUUGGGGGUUGAAAUCUGCGCGCCAGGAACCAGGCAUCAUAUUUCCGUCUCGGUCUUCAAGGUCAAUUGUACCAGGGGGUGUAUACGCUUCGUUCGGUUCCUUCAUUAGGAAGUUGUGAAGGGCGACGACUGCUUGCACAACUAAUUGAGCCUUGUCUGGGUUCAAAUUGAUGGGCUUCAGCAAAACGCGGAAUCGAGUUGCCAGUAUACCGAAUGUACUUUCGACCAUCCGUCGUGCCCGACUAAGCCUGUAGUUAAAUACCCGACUGACAAUGUCCCUUGUUCGGAAUGGAUAAGGCUUCAUUAUAUUUUCUUGAAGUGCAAAUGC